AUGCUCUUUUCUUUUUUCGAUCGGCAGGCACAUGAGAGACCCGAUUUCUUCUUCCUCCCUCUUCAUCAGAUCGAGAAGGCAUCAGGCGAUCGAGAAGGCAUCAUGGGGAAAAAUGCGAACCCGAGAAACAAGCUGAAAAUCGAUUCUGGUGAGGCUUCUAAGUUACCGUCUGAUCCUCUGAAAGCUAAAUCAGACACUCUUUUUGUCAAUAAGUUUGAAUCAGAAGUGAAAUCUCCUGUGAUAAAAGGAUCGAGUGAUGUGAGUAAAUCCGAAGGCCCUAGGUCUGGAGUGAAUUUGGUGGAUUCUCUUUUGGAUGCUGGAUGUGAUGCGAUUUCUAUUGAGAAUAAGGGUUUGGGAUUGUUGAAUGGUUCUGAGGGUGUUGUGAUGGGAUCGAAUAUUUCUUCUAAAGUGGUUAUGGUUGAUAUCGCCGGUUCUCCAAUGGUUAAUAAUGUCAUUCGCAAUCCCAUUAAGGAGGAUGGAGUGAUAGAAGGUUUGAGCUCCCAUGUGUUUGAAUUUGAAAAAGACAUUGAGCACCAAUUAUUUAUUUAG